AUGGCCGCGUAUCAGCCGCUGCAGCUCGCCGCCGAGCAAGACGAUCGUCCGGAAUUCGUUCGCCUAGGGAGACGACAGUCCGACAUACGCCAACGGCUAACUCCUGGACCCACCCCGGCCCCGAGCCACGCCUCCCCGCUCGUCACCUUCCCUGACUCCACCCCCCGACCGUCUGGCCGAAGCUUGGGCCAAGCCUCUGGUGCAGGCUCGGGGCCCGGGUUCGGCAUCAACAUAGGGGAUUAUUCUGGCGCUCAGUUCCGUCACACCGCCGCGAUCACCGUGAUUGCGUCAGCUCAGUUCCGUCACACCGCCGCGAUCACCGUGAUUGCGUCAGCUCAGUUCCGUCACACCGCCGCGAUCACCGUGAUUGCGUCAGCUCAGUUCCGUCACACCGCCGCGAUCACCGUGAUUGCGUCAGCUCAGUUCCGUCACACCGCCGCGAUCACCGUGAUUGCGUCAGCUCAGUUCCGUCACACCGCCGCGAUCACCGUGUCACGCGUGCAGGAGGCCCCAGUGGAAUUCGAGGACCGUGGAGAGGAGGUGUACGAGCGCUUUGAAGGCGUGCUGGCCGCUGCUGUGCGAGGUGAGAGGGGCGCUGGAGUGUGGACGCGUGGAGAGGAGGUGUAUGAGCCCUUUGAGGGCGUGCUGGCCGCUGCUGUGCGAGUGGACUUUGAGGAUGGCGGAGAGGAGGUGUACGAGCGGUUUGAAGGAGUGCUGGCCGCUGCUGUGCGCGGGACUCUCUUCGGCAGUUGGAGCAGUGCUGCAGGGAGCUGGCGGUGGGGUUCCAGGCUGAAGCAGGGGAGAGUGUGCAGUGCAGUGCAGCCCGCACAGGAGCACAGUGCACACAGCACACAGCAAGACUAUGCUGUUUCUCCGUACAAAAACUUGACCCACACGUUGCCAAGCUCCCCCUUCCCAGGCGUGGUGGGCUACAGGGACUCUCUUCGGCAGUUGGAGCAGUGCUGCAGGGAGCUGGCGGUGGGGCUAAGGGUUGAUGCAGGGGAGAGCGUGCAGCCCGCCCAGGAGCACACACCACGGCCAUUGCAGCUGGAGCAGUGCUGCAGGGAGCUGGCGGUGGGGUUGCGGGCGGACGCGGGGGAGAGCGUGCAGCCCGCCCAGGAGCACGUGCUCAGCAGGAAGAGCCAGGCGCUCCAAUCAGAGGCUGCCACGUGGGCGCUCAUGCACCACCUGUUUGGAUACGUGCCCUUCUUCCUUUUGAGACGUCUCAAAAGUGCAUUGUAUUCCAUGGAUCGAACCUCACGGUCCUCACCUACUCCCUUUGCCAAGGCCAAUCAGUGCCUUUCUUCCUUCCGUUUCCUCCUCAUGUGCUUUCGUGCAUGGCAUGGCAUGGCAAGAGCAGACACGGACCACCUGACGGAAGAUGUGCGACUGCACCCGUCCCCGUCAGCACAGGACACGUGCGACUUUCUGUCGACCAAUGAGAACGCGCAGCACAGCUGGCGGGUGCUGAGGUGGCUGGAGGGGCUGGCAGAGUCGGACCUCAUGCUGCUGCAGGCAGAGCGUGGCACCUGCCUGGGAAGCUACACAGAAGCUUCUGGCCUGCGUGUGCACACGCAGAGGGCGAUUCGCGAGGGGCAGGGGGGGCUGGGCGGGAUAGUGGGGCUGGGCGGCAGGAGGAGCAACGCGCUGGCGUUUGGUGGGCUGGAGGGGCGGUAUGGGCGGGGUGGGGGAGAGGAGAUGGUGACUGCUGUGGAUGCUGAUGCUGUUACUCGCGAGGGGGGGCGACUGCAUGCAGAGGACGAGGUGAGCUCACUCGCAUGCUCUCUCUCUCUCGUCCUUUUCUUGAGAGAGCUUGUCCUUUUCCUUGUCCUUACUUUCUCCAUCCCCAUCCUCUGCCUGCUGCUUCAACCUCACUUUCCCCAACGAGUGCAGGAGGAGUUGCUAUCAGACGUCUUCACACUCGUCACCGCCAGUUCUUCUCCCCACCCUUUCCCACUUCCCCAUCCCCCUCCUCAUGUUCCGUACCUCACCCCUCGUCCUCUCCUCCAUAGCUCUCUCACUUUCCCCAGCGAGUGGAGGAGGAGUAGCUAUCGGACAUAUUCAUGCUCCGCUCACCACUGCCACCAUAUGGGCCCUUGUUUCCCCCCACCUUCCCCUCCUCUCAUCUUUUACCCCUCCCACUUCUCACAGCGAGUGGAGGAGGAGUUGCUAUCGGACAUAUUCACGCUCACCACUGCCACCCCUCUAAACCCACCCACCAUCUUCUCCACGCCUCACUCCAUGCACGCUCCUUCCCCCAGUGAGUGGAGGAGGAGUUGCUAUCAGACAUCUUCACGCUCAUCACUGCUGCUUCAUGGCAUCACCCCUCCCUUCCUCCCCUUCCUUCUUACCCUCUCUUUAUUCCCCACUCUCAUUCCCCUCUUCCCCUCCUCCUCCUUCCCCCAGCGAGUGGAGGAGGAGUUGCUAUCAGACGUCUUCACGCUCAUCACCGCUGGCCGGAUUCAAGAUGCCCUCAACCUCUGCCGGGCGGCGGGGCAGACCUGGCGGGCGGCGGUUCUCGGCGGGACAUGGGCCGCGCCGCCCAGCGCUGGGGCGGCAGGGGAGAGCUUCCCCACAGCCGCCACGUGGCGGGAGAUGAGUGGAGGGGCGAGGCGGGCGGCACAGGCGGGGGAGGUGGAGGGGGGGAAGGGGCGGGGAAGGCGGCUGUGGAAAUGGUCUCUGCUGGUGGCGUCUGAGGCUUCGAGCAGUCGGUUUGAGGCGGCUGUGCUGGGAGCGCUGUGUGGCAAUGUGAAGAGGAUACUGCCUGUCUGCACGUCAUGGCAGGUGCGCGUGUGUGUGUCUCCUUCAGAGGUGCCUUGCGGUGGCUGA